AUGUCUUUUCCAUUUGCAACCCGGUAUAUUGAACAGUUCCCCAAGCGAAUGACGGAAGAAAUUGCUCGAAGCAUCUCAUUUAUGUCCGGGGCCAUAACAGCUGUGCUAGCCGUUGGCACUCUCCUCGACUCUGAGCUUUUUCUCGGAUUUGAAAUAACACAGGAUAGGCCAGUCCUAUUCUAUCUCGGUGUUUUUGGGGCCAUAUGGGCUAUGACCCGGGGCAUGAUAUCGGAAGAGACCACUGUAUUUAAUCCGGAGUAUGCACUACGAAAUGUUAUCGAAUAUACGCAUUACAUGCCAGACCACUGGCAGGGACGUCUGCAUAGCUUCGAGGUCAAGCAGGAAUUCUCGGAGUUGUACAAGAUGAAAGCUGUUAUAUUCUUGGAAGAGGUUUUGGGCAUCAUCACAACUCCAAUGCUCUUGUUCUUCUCUCUACCGAAGUGCGCGGAACAGGUGGUUGACUUCUUUCGUGAGUUCACGAUUCAUGUAGAUGGCCUCGGCUAUGUGUGUUCCUUUGCUGUCUUCGAUUUUAAGAAAGGGAUGAGACAAACUCAGACACAGGCAGCCGGCCCCGAUCUUCGAGAUGACUAUUAUUCUACUAAACACGGGAAGAUGGCAGCGUCAUACUACGGGUUCCUGGACAACUAUGUUAUUAAUCCAAAGACGGGUAUCCCUGGUCAUAUGCCACCUGGGCCUCGGGGGCAAUUUUACCCGCCGCCAGCCUUCCCUAGUCUUAACUCUCCGUCUCUCGCGGCAGAUAUGCAUAAAUCAAACAUCUCGCGGACAGACUUGGCGCGGAAUCGGGCUCGUGGGACCAGCACGAUGCCGCACAAAAGAGCAAUGGUGCCCACCGUUCCGCAUCUAUCUCCCAUGGCAUCGGUGUUGUUAGACCCGCAUCAUCAGCCAACGGCGCCAUCGUUGGGUGCGAGAAGUUGGCACCGGACUCGCCAGGCUAGAGGUGCUUAUCAUGGAGAAAAUCAGAUCAUAGAAGAAGGUGCAGGCUACGGAGCAGACAGACAAAGUGUAGGCGACGAAGAUGAUGUUUACGAUGAAGGCGGUAUCCUAGGAGAAUCAACAUGGGAAACAUCUCCAGAUAAGGGCCUUAGCCGAGAAAAUAGCUCAACACAACACGGAGAGCUAGGGGAAGGUGGUGUGCUUGGGCUCAUAUAUCAACUACGCCAGGCACAACAUCGUCGACGAGGUGGCGUGGUUUAA